ACGCUGCACCAAUCACUGGUUGUGUAUGACGUACCAAUACCUGAGCAAUAAAGUGAUAGGUAAUACGGCUAUAUUAGAACUAUAUAAUAAAGGUAAACAAACCGCUUGGAGAAACGGCAAAACGUGGAUAGAGUUCAGCUUCCAAAUAGUGAAUUAUUAGAUUAGAUUGCUUAAAACUACAAGAAAUUAUAUUAAUAUUUGCUUGUACUACAUUUAUCUUUAAUACUUCGUGAAUUUCUACAAUUAUCAACCUCUAAGAGAUGAUCAAUAUUUCGGAGUAUCAUAAUUAGAUCCUGUUGGCUAAAUUAGUUGAGUGCAGCGUGAGUAAAAUUGAAAUACUAUACAGUUUUAGAAAAUCAAUUGAAUUUGCAUGAUUGCAGUUUGCAUAAUUUGGAGAAUCCAUAGCUAAAAAUCUACUUGUGAGAAAAGAACCCUACACUAAAUUCUUAAGCUGGUCACGAACUAAGAGUUUCUAACUGCUGAAAGAAAGUGUAACUACGUGGUAUUCUCGAACAAACUUUAGAAUUUACCUAAUAUGGCUCACAAACUCAACGCCAACCUGGAAGGGGUCGAACCCAACGACUCUGCCAGCGCCUGUCCGGAAUGCAAUCGUCCAGAUUGGGCCGACGAUAUGGUGCAAUGCGAAGAAUGCGAGGAAUGGUACCACUUUAGUUGCGCUGGAGUAAACAGAUCCGUUGAGCAUCGUACAUGGACCUGCAACGAGUGUUCACCAAUCAGCAUCAGCAGUCGUUCAUCAAGAGCGUCUUCCAGUAAAGUGCUGGAGAUACAACGGCUGCGUGAAGAACAGGAAAUCCGUCGUAAGCGUUUUCUGCAGGAGAAAGCCUUAGAGAAAAAGCGAAUCGAGCAGGAACAUCAACAAAUAUUAGACGAGGAAAUGCUGGAGAGAACUUUUCUCAAAGAGAAGUUCGCUCUUUUGGAGAUGCACGAAUCGAGUGAAAGAGGGAGCAUAGCAAGCAACAGGAGUCACAAGAGUAAUCGCGAGAGCAUUCUACAAUGGAUGAUGGAUGACGGAACAAGGGAGCCUACAGGCAGUACACCAAUUGGUACUGCUACACAGGUACCAAAUCUGGAAACCAUUCAACGCAGAAUCGGACAUGAAGUAAGAAAUCGAGUUUCUUCCUUUACCGAGGGUAAUCCAGCAGAGCCACCUCCGCAGCCUGUUGCUUCGAGUAGUCAUAUCCUUCCCGCAAAAGAAAUUAAGCAUCGAUCCAACAAGCAAUCCAUCGUUGCAAACACAGGACCAGUUCCCAAGCCACGAGUUGCAGCUCCUCAACCUCAACCUCGUAUACGUCGUUCUGUACACCAAAUCCCUCCUGCACCACCUGUCAGCGCUGUAACGGAUGACGCCAGCAUUGAUAUCCCUCCGCUGCCCUUCGAGUACACUCCUUCUGAGUCAUCAGAUGUUGGUGUCUUUCGAAAUCAUAGGAGUGGCGCCAGAGUCAAGCGAGUAGCUCCACCACUUCAGAACACUCAUUUGCCGACGCUAGCAGACGAAGUGACAUUCCAAAUACCACGUAACGUACGACAUAUCGAAACAGCCCGCGCCGGUGUGAACACGAGAGACGAUAUUUCAGUAAGCCAGGGUCCAACAACCACCCAGAUCGCCGCUCGUCGUGUAAUGUCCCGCGAUCUACCCGACUUCGAUGGAAACCCGGAAGAUUGGCCCAUCUUUAUUAGCCAGUAUGACAUAACUACGGAAAAUUGUGGGUUUAGUAAUGCUGAAAACUUGAUAAGACUUCAGCGAUGCUUGAGAGGCAAAGCUCGCGAAUCUGUGCGCAGUCGGCUACUUUUACCUGUAUCUGUGCCCCAAGUAAUCGAAACGCUUCGGAUGCUCUACGGACGACCUGGAUUGCUCGUAACCUCUCUGUUGAACAGAGUACGCGCCACUCCUGCACCGAGAAUGGAACGUCUUGAAACGGUAAUAGAAUUCGGAAUGGAACUUCAGGGUCUUUGUGACCAUCUGCAAGCUGCCGGAGAAACUGCUCAUAUGAAUAACCCUGCACUACUGCAGGAACUAGAGGAUAAGUUGCCUUCUCAAAUGAGGCUGCAGUGGGCAAUGCACAAGCAAACCAUGCAAGACGUAACAUUGCAAACUUUCGCAAGUUAUAUGUCGAUCGUGGUAAAGGCGGCCAGUCAAGUCACCAAAAUAGUAGAUUGUUCCAUCGAUCGACGAGUAACGGAGCAGAGAAAAAAGGGUAAACAAAAUUAUCAACUACUUGCACAUGCAUCGCAGAGUUUACCAAAUAGAAGUAACGGUAAGAACAACGACGAUUCAACCACAGCACGAAAGUGUCCAGUUUGCAAUACGGCAGACCAUCGUGUCAAGGAAUGUAAGCAGUUCUUAGACCUCAACGUGGAAGGUCGCUGGAAAUGUAUUCACAAUUUGAAGUUGUGUCGGACUUGUCUAAACCAACACGGCAAAAAUCGCUGUCGUUUAUCGACUAAAUGUGGAAUUGAUGGUUGUGAAUUCAAGCACCACUCGCUACUCCACUCCAAGGUGGAAAAUAAGGCUAGAACAAUUACUGUCGAAAAUCACUCGCAUCGUGAUCAAGACUCGAAAACGUUGUUCCGCGUUAUUCCUGUAACACUGACCGGUAGAGCUGGUACUGUACACACGUAUGCUUUCUUGGACGACGGAUCGGAUUUAACGCUAGUGGAUAAAUCGAUAGCACAGCAGCUAGGGGAAUCUGGACCAAGUCGAACACUGUAUCUCAACUGGACCAGUAACGUGACCCGGUGUGAAGUGGAUUCCGAGGAAGUGUCUUUCAAGAUUUCGGGAGUAAAUGGAAGAAAAUCCUUCCAAAUUCAUUCCGCCAGAACCGUAUCGGAACUAAAGCUUCCCGUACAAUCGCUGGACGCUGAAAGAAUGUCUCAGAAGUAUGCUCAUUUGAAAGAUUUACCUCUUCGUGGGUAUGAAAACGCUGUGCCGCGACUACUUAUCGGUUUAGACCAACUAAAUAUCGCACUGCCACUUAAAUGCAGAGAAGGACGCAACGGAGAUCCAGUUGCUACCAAAACGCGGCUUGGGUGGUGCGUGUACGGUGGAACUAACACAUCUAGAACAGUCGGAAUUAGUUGUCACAUUCUUGAAUUGCGGCAGAGAAACGAUCUUCACGAGGUAAUAAAGCCGGAAUUUCAAUCAGGAAGAUUGCGGAGCUAA